CGCACGAUUUUUAAUAUUUGCCGGGGUUUUUUUUUUUUAUCGAUUCCGAAGUUAGUUAGAACUUAGAAGGCAAGCUCACCCAAUUGCUUCAAUUUGAUCUGAAAGUUCUUUAGGGAAAAGCUUCACACCAGGUACCAUGGCAGCUGAAAGUAGCCAAAAUGAAAAGCUGCCAUCCUCCAAAGCUCCAACUCAAGCCAUGACUUCUUGCAGAAAGAAGAAGAAUGAAGAUGCAACCUUUUUGGAAGGUUUGAAGGAUCACAUAGAUGAGUUCAUGCAUGCUUCAAUGGAUGAGCACAAAACUUGCUUUCAGAAGACAAUAAAAAAGAUGUUUGGCAUGUCAAAAGUUGUUGCAGAGCGAAACGCAGAGACUGCUAAUGUUGAAAGCUCACUGCCCCUUCGAACAUCAUUGUCCGAGUAAAAUGUCCCGCAAGUUUUGUAUUAACAGCCUGAUGUCAAAUAAAAGAGGAAGACUUUACAGUUGGGCGCACAUCCCACUCUGUGGAUGUGUGUUUUCUGUCUGAAAUGGGAGACUCGUCCAUCUUCCCCAUUUUGAGUUAGUUUGUCAUUUAUAUCACUGAGUUAACAUGGUGGAGUUGAUAGCGUUUGUUAAAUUGCAUAUUGACCUGGACUGGGGCUGGUCAUGAGAUGAAAUUUGGUUGGGUUUCUAGUGUCCUUUUUGCAAAAAUACAGUUGAUUUCAAGCCUUUGACUUUGCGUGUGCGGUGUUGUAUGUUCAUAUAUUGUGUAAAUAGCUUCGAAAUUAGUUACCAGGCAGUUUUGUAACUCGUGCAGUGUGUGCUUGAUGAUCUGUUGGAUCAUAAAGGACGAAUACUUUUCCUUGGA